UCUGCUACUUAGUGAGUCAUUAAAUCUCUUUGUGGAAACCGCAGUUUUCAUCUGUGUCUUUCUCCUUCAGUAGUACACAAUUAUUCUUUUCAUUGGCUUUUAUAUCGGGAGCCCACACUUCACUUCAAAGAACGCUCAAGGUGACUGAAAUAUGGAAGACGGAGAUGGAUUUUUAUUCAAAUUUAAAGGAUAUUAUUUUUAUCGCAAAGGAAUUGAUAUUGACUUUAUAGAAAACUUAGAUAAUUUUGAAAUCAGAGAAGAUGAUGUCUUCAUAAUCACUUACCCUAAAUCUGGAACUGUCUGGCUUCAGCAGUUAUUAAGUCUGAUUUAUUUUGAGGAACAUCGCAGAGGCACUGGAAAACUGCAAACAGUGGAUCAGGUCCCCUUCUUUGAGUACAACUUUCGACAAUUGGAUUUUGGGAAAAGACCAUCUCCUCGUCUCUUCUCUACCCACCUCCCAUACAACUUGGUUCCAAGUGGGCUGAAGAACAAGAAAGGCAAAAUUAUUUACAUAUACAGAAACCCUAAGGAUGUUUUGUGCUCAUAUUUCCACUUUGGAACAAAUGUGAUAUUACAAGUUACAAGUAGCUUUGAGAGAUUCAUGGAACAAUUUCUCGAAGGAAGAGUUAUGGGAAGCCUUUGGUUUGACCACAUCAAAGGUUGGUAUGAGCACAAAAGCCUCUUCAACAUUCAGUUCAUGAUGUAUGAGGAGAUAAACAAGGAUCUCAGAGGUUCUGUGUUAAAAAUCUGCAAGUUUCUGGGGAAAGAAUUGAGUGAGGAGAAUAUAGAUGCUGUCAUGACAAAGGCCACAUUUGAAAACAUGAAGUAUGACCCACUAGCAAAUUAUGACGAUAUAAUCAAAACUGCAUAUGGAAAGAAUGUAAAAGGUCAUUUCCUUCGCAAAGGUACCAUUGGAGACUGGAAAAAUCACAUGACUGUUGAGCAGAAUGAAAGGUUUGACAAGAUUUUCCAAAGGGAGAUGAAAGAUUUUCCCCUGAAGUUCAUCUGGGAUGUGAAUGAAGACUAGAAUGCUAAGCCAUACACAGAUAGUUUAAGAAAGCACUUUCAGAAGGAAAUAUAUCCAAUUGUACACUUUCAUCUUUGACUCUCAUUGGAUCAUUAUUAAAAAACCUCAGUGAGGGGAUCCCUGGGUGGCGCAGUGGUUUAGCGCCUGCCUUUGGCCCAGGGCCCGAUCCUGGAGACCCGGUAUCGAAUCCCACGUCGGGCUCCCGGUGCAUGGAGCCUGCUUCUCCCUCUGCCUGUGUCUCUGCCUCUCUCUCUGUCUCUCUCUCUGUGUGAUUAUCAUAAAUAAAUAAAAAUUUAAAAAAACCUCAGUGAUUAAUAAAUAUGAAUAUACCGCCUUUA